AUGGAGUAUAUACCUCAACAAACUCAAUCAAACAUAUUAUGUUGUUUGUGUGGAGUGCUGAUCCCAGCCAACCCAUCAAACAUGUGUGUCAACUGUAUAAGGAGUCAGGUUGAUAUUACAGAGGGCAUUCCAAAGCAGCUGAUCGUUCAGUGGUGUCGUGGAUGCAAUCGUUAUCUCCAACCACCCAAUCAUUGGGCCAUGUGCGAGCUUGAGUCUAGAGAGCUGUUGACUCUGUGCAUUAAGAAGGUCAAGGGACUGAAUCAGGUCAAGCUGGUCGAUGCAGGCUGGGUGUGGACCGAGCCUCACUCGCGUCGUCUCAAGGUCAAGCUGACCAUCCAGAAAGAGGUGUUCUCAAGCGCCAUCCUGCAGCAGGUGUUCAUCAUCGAGUUUAUCGUACAGGGCCAGCAGUGUCCCAAGUGCCAAAAGUUCGAGGCCAAGGACACCUGGAACGCCGUCGUCCAGCUGCGUCAAAAGGUGGACCACAAGCGUACCUUUUUGUUCCUGGAGCAGAUCAUCCUGAAGCACAACGCUCACAGCCAGACACUGAACAUCAAGGAGCGCACUGACGGUCUGGACUUUUACUUUAGCAACAAGAACCACGGUCACAAGUUUGUCGAGUUUGUCUCCUCGUUCGUGCCCAUCAAGACCAAGCGUUCCGAGCAGCUCAUCUCUACCGAUGAGCAGAACAACAAUGCCAACUACAAACAUUCCUUCUCAGUAGAGAUUGUCCCCAUCUCAAAGGAAGAGCUAGUCUGUAUGUCACCAAAGGUCAUGCAUUCUCUAGGAGGUAUAGGACCAAUUGUAUUGGUUACAAAGGUAUCCAACUUGAUUCACGUUAUCGAUCCAAAUACCCUUCAAUCAGGAGAGAUCAAUGCACUCUCAUUCUGGAGUCAUCCAUUCAGAUCACUCUGUGGACAGAAGCAGUUGGUUGAGUUUGUUGUUUUGGAUGUCACAUUGACUGGAGAGAGGAAAGGAAAGUUUGCCAUGGCAGAUAUACAGGUAGCAAGAUCAUCAGACUUUGGCUCGAACGAUACAACCUUUUACAUUAGGACUCAUUUGGGUAAUCUGUUCAACGCUGGUGAUAUGGCACUAGGUUAUGACCUGAGCACUGCCGUGCUGAACGACAAUGAUUUCACAAGCAUCAAGACCAAGCAACAGGUGCCAGAGGUCAUUCUGGUGAAGAAGACCUACUCACACAUCAACUACCAGCGUCAUUGGAGAACAAAGAGACUGAACAAGGAGGCCGUCGAGCAGAUGAAGAAGGGUGACCUGGAGCGACAGGCCGAGGACGAGGAGCUGUUUGCUCGUGACAUUGAGCAGGAUUCAGAGAUGCGUGGCAAGAUCAACCUCUACAAACAGGACAAUGCCGAGAACAUUCUGGCAGAGAGACGCAAGAGAAAGCAAGAGAUUGGUGUCGAGGAUGACAACGAGAAUGAAGUCGAUCUGGCUGAGCUCCUCGAUAACAUCGACCUCAACAAUGAUACUGAGUUGGACGAUGACGAGGAAGACGACGAUGAGGAUUAUGAGGAUGAUGAUGAGGACUACGAAGACGAUGAUGAAGAUAUGGAUAUGGAGUAA